GUCUACAGUCCAAAAUUCUGGAUUGACGCCCCAGUCCCAGAGGGCACCCCAUUACCAAAGGAUGCCCCAGUCCCAGUGCCAGAGGACGCCCCAGUGCCAGAGGACGCCCCAGUACCAAAGGAUGCCCCAGUCCCAGUGCCAGAGGACGCCCCAGUACCAAAGGAUGCCCCAGUCCCAGUGCCAGAGGACGCCCCAGUCCCAGAGGGCUCCCCAGUACCAAAGGAUGCCCCAGUCCCAGUGCCAGAGGACGCCCCAGUGCCAGAGGACGCCCCAGUACCAAAGGACGCCCCAGUCCCAGGGCCAGAGGACGCCCCAGUGCCAGAGGACGCCCCAGUACCAGUGCCAGAGGACGCCCCAGUCCCAGAGGACGCCCCAGUCCCAGUCCCAGAGGACGCCCCAGUCCCAGUCCCAGAGGACGCCCCAGUCCCAGUCCCGGAGGGCGCCCCAGUCCCAGUCCCAGAGGGCAUCCCAGUGUUCACAUAAUGAACAUCCAUCUGCCAGACGGAGAAUUCAUGAAUCGUUCUCCAGGCCAUCUGGGAGAACCGAAAGAGGCAUAGUAUUGUUUUACUUUACUAACAUUGUAUUUGUUUAAUGUCAUCCACAUAAAUAUAAUUUUUUUAGUAAUUGUACAGUAAUGGUGUUCAUUCACUAGUGUGUCCUUUCUUACCUUUACUAACAUGAUGUAUUAAGUACAUGUAUGUAUUAUUUUAUACACUUUUGUUUUUAAUGUCUAUUCAGUAUUGUCACUUGUCCCAAAUUCUUCACUGGCGUCCCAGUCCCAGAGGGCAUCCCAAUGAAUGUGAAAAUUUUACUGUCACAUCUUAUUUUUAACGGAUUCUACCUAAGUGACAACACAGCUUAGCAUAUAAACAUAUACAUUUCUCUGUAUCAGAGUUAAUAGUUACAAAUACAGAGCUUAUAAUGUCUGUCAUUGCUAAGACCUAAAAGUACAGCCAGAUGAUUUCAUAAUUAAUGCAGUAUUAUACUGUGAAGAGACUUACUGUUAAUAUUUACACUUCCAUAAAAUUAACUUAUUUGUCCAGGUGUGGUAACACACAACGAAAAAGUAGCAGGAAGGAGACUACCUGAUUCUUCAGCUAUGGCCUCAGCUUCAAAUGCAAGAAGUUCACAUAACAAACAGCCGUCUUCCAGAGAGAGAAAUCAUGAAUCAUUCUCCAGGCCAUCUGCGGCAACCGAAAGAGGCAUAGUAUUGUUUUCUUGUUUAAUUCCAUCGACAUAAAGAGGAUUUUUAACUAAUCGGACACUUAUGGUGUUCAAUAAUUAAUGUGUCCUUUUUUACCUUAAAUAACUUUAUUUUUCACACCAUUUGUUUGUAUCUAUUCAGUAUUCGCUCCUGUCCCAAAUUCUUCGCGGACACCCCAGUGUAUGUGAGAACUUUAGUCGCAUCUUAUUUUAAACGCAGUCCACCUUAGUGACAACACAGAUCAAUAUACACUAGCAGUCAAAAGUUUGGAAACUACUAAUUGUUUGUUUUUACAAACCGGACAGUAUGUUUGUUCCAGCCAUGGGGUU